UGCGGCAGUCCCUGCAUGCUGGUGUGUGUGGGGGGUGAGGAUGAGGAUGGAGGGCAGGGAGAACAUGCAGGAUGCCGUGGGGCUAAGCUGCACCUGGGACAUCCCACCACCCACUGGCACCCAUCCCAAGUGGGUGAGGCUCAAUGUGGGGGGCACAGUCUUCCUCACCACCAGGCAGACCCUGUGUCGGGAGCAGAAAUCUUUCCUGUGUCGUUUGUGCCAGGGCGAGGAGCUGCAGUCGGACCGGGAUGAGACUGGUGCAUACCUAAUAGACCGGGACCCCACUUACUUUGGACCAAUCCUGAAUUUCCUCCGUCAUGGGAAGCUGGUUCUGGAUAAAGAUAUGGCUGAAGAAGGUGUCCUAGAAGAAGCCGAGUUCUACAACAUUGGUCCUUUAAUCCGAAUAAUCAAGGAUCGACUGGAGGAGAAGGACUACACAGUAACUCAGGUACCUCCUAAGCAUGUCUACCGUGUGCUACAGUGCCAGGAAGAGGAGCUCACUCAGAUGGUUUCCACUAUGUCAGAUGGAUGGCGCUUUGAGCAGCUUGUGAACAUUGGUUCAUCCUAUAACUAUGGAAAUGAGGACCAGACAGAGUUCCUGUGCGUGGUCUCCAAAGAGCUGUACAACUCCCCCAAUGGCCUGAGCUCUGAGCCCAGCCACAAAGCCAAGAAAGAACUGCCAUGGCUCAUCUUGCAAGUAUCCACUCUUUCUUCCCUUUGUCCUGCAUGCUGGGCCACAGAGCACAGAGGAGGACCUGGAGGAGGAAGAGCAGGAGGUGGAGGAGGAGGCAGAGACAGAAGCAGAAGCAGAGGAGAAAGGUGCAGCAAAUCCUUGAGGAAAAUGAUAAAAAUAACCCCCAAGCAUAGACCCGUCCACCUUUCUGGUAUGUUACCUGUCUGCACUCUCAGCUCCUGCCAGCCUGAGCUCUGCAUGAGUGACUCACUUCCCUCCUGUGGCUGUUACAAGCCAGAGGUCUGAGGAUGUGAUCCUGACACUGCACUCCAGCCUCUUCAUUUCUUGUUUAUAUCUUUAUUUUUGUACUGCGGCAUACGGCGGCCUUUUGCCUUACGGUGACACCCCCGCCCCCUCCGCCCCAGUCCCCUUCACUCUGUUUUACAAACUGACCUCUUAGGCCUCAGCCUCCAUCCCUGGAGGAAGGCAGAUGCUGCAUGGAGCCCCCAUGGCUGCUGUAGGGGCUUGGAUCCCAGCCCCACUCCCCCCCACCCUGCUUAGCAGGCUGGCUUUCCUUAAUGUCACAGUGGCCCCUGCUGGGGACAUCAGUGAUAAGCCACUGCAGCUUGCGGUCCCUUCCUCAACACCCUGGGUGCAACUGGGGCCCCGAGGUGGUGGCAGCAUCAGAAGGACUACCCCUUGUCCUUUUGCUGUUGCAGGCAGCUUGGCCAGGGCUUGUGGCCAGAGGGCAAGUGCAGAGAUACUGCCCUUUUCUGUGCCACCCGCACUGCUCGUGGGGUUUCCCUGUGCUGGAUACCACAUCCUUGGUGCCUCCUUCCCUGUCCCCCAGAUCAGCCCUGUGUCAGCAGGGUGAGGAGGAGAUGGACGUGUACCCAGAACACGCUGGCACCCGAUGUGGUGAUCCCUGUCUUGUGGGGCGGGGUUUUGGCUUCACUGCUGUGCCUGAGGACACCAGGUUGUAACUCCUGAAUAAAAUUCACACUGUUCCUCCUUGCCGCCUCUCAUUUCAAGUGGCAGAAACUUAGUACUGUAGAAGAGGGUGGGAGCUGGAGAAGAGGAUUCAUCACCUGGAGCCACCAGAAGCUGCUUGUGCUGCGCCUGUCUUCUGGGGGCUAGAGGUACUUCCCACUGCAAUGGUGCUGCAUCUCCACUGCAGUCAACCGGGUAUUAUUGGUAUCUGCAACCCUAAAUCAUAACAUUAAAUGAGGACCCUCCAUCUAGCUAGCUAGACCCCACUGUGCCUGCGGGACAGCUGAGAGGGAGCAUAGAGAUGUGGAAAUUUUUGCCAGUUCUCAGUACCAGGAUUGGAGUUUGGUGAGAAAGAUACAAAUCCCAAGUUAAUUUUUAACAGAGUAAUGCAAACUAGAACCAAAAAACCCCUCAAAUGAAUUUUAUUUCUAAUUCCAGA